UCACGUGGAAGAGUGAAAUGGGGGUGAGUCCCGAAGCACCAUAUGAUAUAAGAAAGUGGAUCCUUGGCUUCAAUAAUUCAACACUAACAGUAACACGCACUACUACUCCCUCCUUCGCUUCCGAGUUCCAACAAUGGCAGAUAAUUCGACGCAAGGAAGCACCACCCUCUUUUCUCCUUACAAGAUGGCAAAAUUCAACCUCUCUCACAGAGUGGUAUUGGCUCCCAUGACCCGAUGCAGAGCCUUGAACGGAAUUCCACGCGCAGCGCUGGGCGAAUACUACGCUCAAAGAUCAACACCAGGUGGAUUUCUCAUCAGCGAAGGCACCUUGAUCUCUCCCUCUGCUCCUGGAUUUCCCCAUGUGCCUGGAAUAUAUUCAGAUGAACAAGUGGAGGCGUGGAGAAGUGUAGUGGAUGCCGUGCAUGAUAAAGGCAGCAUUAUCUUCUGUCAACUUUGGCAUGUUGGCCGUGCAUCUCAUCCAGUGUAUCAGCCUGGUGGGGCUCCACCCAUUUCGUCCACUAGUAAACCCAUAUCAGCGAGGUGGAGGAUUCUCCUGCCCGAUGGGUCCUACGGCGUGUAUCCUGAGCCUCGUGCACUUGCCACUUCUGAGAUACCUGAAAUAGUGCAACAUUAUCGCCAAGCAGCAAUUAAUGCAAUUCGAGCUGGUUUUGAUGGAAUCGAGAUACAUGGUGCACAUGGGUAUCUCAUUGAUCAAUUCUUAAAGGAUGGAAUCAAUGAUCGAACAGAUGAAUAUGGAGGAUCACUAGCAAACCGGUGCAGGUUCCUAAUGCAGGUGGUUCAAGCUGUUGUUUCUGCAAUUGGAGCUGAAAGAGUUGCUAUAAGAAUUUCACCAGCUAUUGAUCACCUUGAUGCCAUUGACUCUGACCCACUUGGGCUAGGCCUAGCAGUGGUUGAGAGACUCAACAAUUUCCAGAAAGAGCUUGGCAGAAAACUCACUUAUCUUCAUGUUACUCAGCCUCGAUACACAGCUUAUGGCCAAACCGAGUCAGGUAGACCUGGCAGUGAAGAGGAGGAAGCUCAUUUGAUGCAGAACUUGAGAAGGACUUAUGAGGGAACAUUCAUGUGCAGUGGUGGUUUUACUAGGAAAUUAGGAAUGGAAGCUGUGGCUGAAGGACAUGCUGACUUGGUAUCCUAUGGUCGUCUUUUCAUCUCCAAUCCAGACUUGGUUUUAAGGCUCAAGCAUAAUGAACCUCUAACCAAGUAUAACAGGAAGACAUUCUACACCCAGGAUCCUGUUAUAGGAUACACAGAUUAUCCUUUCCUUAGCAAAGAAAGUGAGACAAAGGACCCAAGGGCACGCCUUUAAGUAACUGUAAUGUCUUUUGGUUUUCUGAAUUUUGAUAGUCAUAUGUAUAAUUGGAGCUUCCCAAUCUAAAGUGAAUGUCUUUGUUAUGAAAAAUUGCCUUGUAUACUUUAUACCCCCAAUAUCGUCUGACAUAAUUUCUUUGGCCUGCAUAGUUAUCUAUAUUGCCUGCACACGGCAUCUAUGUACUUAUGGUUGAAUUACUUUGUAUAAUAAUUUUAAUUUUAAUACAAUAUCUGCCUGUCCCUUCUUAA